GGCGUGGUGUGCAGCGCCCGCCGUGGCCGCGGGAACGAGCGCCUGGCGGAACUACUACUCCCAGACCAGCCGGGGCCCCCCAUCUCCUCUCCGCCGCGCUUUCAGACGCCGAGCACUACAAUUCCCGGCAUGCCGUGAACUUGACGGCUGCGCCUUCCAGGCGGCGUCUAGCUCUGCCACCCGCCCCGCACCCCCGCCGGGUCUCCACUGCUGCCCCGGCCGCGCGCGGAGGCGGGACGCGAGCCAUGGAGGAGACGCCGCCCCCGCUGCUGGGCAGCAGCAAGCCGCACCUGGAAAAGUUGACGCUGGGCAUCACCCGCAUCCUAGAAUCAUCCCCAGGUGUGACAGAGGUAACCAUCAUAGAAAAGGUACCUGCUGAACGUCAUAUGAUCUCUUCAUGGGAACAAAAAAAUAACUGCCUUCUGCCUGAGGAUCUGAAGAACUUUUACCUGAUGACAAAUGGCUUCCACAUGACAUGGAGUGUGAAGCUGGAUGAGCAUACCAUUCCACUGGGCAGCAUGGCAAUUAAUAGCAUCUCAAAACUGACUCAACUCAACCAGUCUUCCAUGUACUCACUUCCUAAUGCACCAACUCUGGCAGACCUGGAGGAUGAUACACAAGAAGCCGGUGAGAACCAGCCAGAGAAGCCUCACUUUGAUUCUCGCAGUGUGAUAUUUGAACUGGAUCCUUGCAGUGGGAAUGGGAAGGUUUGUCUUGUCUACAAAAGAGGGAAACCAGCAUUAGCACAAGACUCUGAGAUCUGGUUCCUGGACAGAGCAUUAUACUGGCAUUUUCUCACAGAUACCUUUACUGCCUAUUAUCGCCUGCUCAUCACCCACCUGGGCCUGCCCCAGUGGCAGUAUGCCUUCACCAGCUAUGGCAUUAGCCCCCAGGCCAAGCAAUGGUUCAACAUGUAUAAACCCAUCACCUACAACACAAACCUACUCACAGAAGAGACUGACUCCUUUGUGAACAAGCUGGAUCCUAGCAAAGUGUUCAAGAGCAAGAACAAGACCUUAAUCCCAAAAAAGAAAGGGCCUCCUCAACCUGCAGGUGGCCAGAAAGGGCCCUCAGGUCCUCCUUCCACCUCUAAAUCCUCCUCUGGCUCUGGAAACCCUGUCCGGAAAUGAGCACCCCACCUCCAGCUCCCCACAAGCCCCACAGCAAUGAUUUCCAUGCACAGAUGCUGCAGGCAUGGCCCAGGCCUUAGAGUCUGUGUGUGGAACCAUAGUCCUCUUCUCAUCUGAGUGACCAGAAUCCUAGGCCUUUCACUCCCAUUGGCCUUAGCCAGGAUCCCCUUUUGGAAGAACAUACUCAGGUCUCCCCAGGAAUCCUUCCCCCCAUACUCCUUACAGCAGGUUGCCACCUACUGCAUCUGGAGGCUGUGGAGAAUUUAAGGUCUUGUGUAAGUGACUAAAGAGAUCUGUUAAGAGCUUUCUUCUCUUCCUACUUCCAACCCCCACCCCUCAGCAGUAAUUGGAGAAAUUCCCUGGAGAAACCAUUGGUUUUGACUUACGAGGCAUUGGAGCUGUGCUGUUCAAUUGUAGCCAUAUUUUAAAGCAGCUAAAUUUAAGCUAUAUUGAAAAUUAAGUUCCUCAGUGAUAUUAGCCACAUUGUGCAUAUUCGUGUGGCUAGUGGGUUCUGUAUUAGCACAGACAUGAUGAAAUAAUUCUAUCAUAAUAGAAAGUUCUGUUGGGCAGCACUAUAUUAGAAUAUUUUUGCAUACCCUUCCUCAGAUCAGUUAAUAUUUGAUAGGUUAUAAUGUUCCAUGAAAAAUCUUGAAGCUACAUUUGUAUGUUUCUCUACAUCCUUUACCACAAACAAAUCUUGUUUUGCUCAUUUUCAGAUUCCUAUAAAAUUUCUUAUUUCCAGUUUUGUGAUAUUUGCACCUUUGCCAGAAUUAUCUCACUUAUUGUGUUUUUUUAAGAGGUAAUUCUGCUGUAUCAUUAAAAAACACAAAGUCCAAAGCACUGCUUUGCUGGACUCCUCAUAAAGAGGUUUGGUGAAAUCAGUUACUAUUGACAAGAGCUUUCUACCUGAUCGGCCUACUCACAGCUGCUCAACAAUUCAUGGAGCAGUGAGAAAGGAGAGAGAAGAGCCAGGUUGUCAAAGCUAAUAGCUGAAGUUGUCUUCCAGAAGCCUUUUCCUGCCCAAACUAAUCAAAUCAAAGGGAGACCAGGCAGUGCCAGAUAAAAGAUCACAGCAUUUGGCUGCUUCCCCGAGACAAGUCAAGGUUAGAAGGGGAUUAGCAGUUGUGUCAUCUUCCACUGUGGCAGGUGUCCUUCCUCUAAUGGAAACCCUGAAUUAUUUUUAAGUCAAUCCUGUUGCAGCUCUAGAUUCCACAAGGAGAGGAGCCAGGGGAGCAAUGUUGCCCUUCACGCAGUGACAACCAGGUAGAGCCCCCAAAGGGCUGUUGAUGGGAGGGGGUUCUGGUAAGAAAAGGCUUGGGACCUACUUCAGGAGGUGUAAAGCAAUCGAGAGCAGGGCUGGCUACCAAUAGGUAGGACCCAGUUUAAAAUGAAGAUGUGAGCCUUCUGUCCAAAAAUCAGGAAAAUGGUACCAUUAAAAGUACUAAAAUUC